CCGGGCGGCGGCGGCGGCGGCGGCGGCUGCGGGGGCGCGACGGCCGGGGCGAGGGCGCUGCGGCCGCGGGGGGCAGGCGGCGGGGGCGGCGGCCCGCACCAGCCAUGCCGAAUAAAAACAAGAAGGAGAAAGAACCGCCGAAAGUGAAGAGCGGCCGCGCCGGGAAGGACGGAGUGGACAUCGAGCCCGAGAUUUCCAGUAGGAAGGACAGCCUGACUGCUUCCCAGUCCUCAGCGUCCAGUAAAAUCAAAGUGUCAGCCCCCGCGCCCCCCAUGGUGAAGAAGGACCGGCGCUCCAGCUCCUCCAGGUUCAACGCCAGCAGCAGCCGGGAGCUGCAGAAACUCCCGCCCCUGAAAGAUGUCCCUCCUGCUGAUCAAGAGAAGCUUUUCAUCCAGAAACUCCGGCAGUGCUGCGUCCUCUUUGACUUUGUCUCUGACCCACUCAGUGACCUCAAGUGGAAGGAAGUGAAGCGAGCCGCCCUCAGUGAGAUGGUGGAGUACAUCACCCACAACCGAAAUGUCAUCACAGAACCCAUUUACCCAGAAGUCGUCCAUAUGUUCGCAGUUAACAUGUUCCGGACGUUACCACCUUCCUCCAACCCCACGGGAGCCGAAUUUGACCCCGAGGAAGACGAGCCGACAUUAGAGGCCGCCUGGCCGCAUCUCCAGCUUGUUUAUGAAUUUUUCUUAAGAUUUUUAGAGUCUCCAGAUUUCCAGCCUAACAUAGCGAAGAAAUACAUCGAUCAGAAGUUCGUCCUGCAGCUCUUAGAGCUCUUUGACAGUGAAGACCCUCGCGAGAGGGAUUUCCUCAAAACGACCCUCCACAGAAUCUAUGGGAAAUUCUUAGGCUUAAGAGCUUACAUCAGAAAACAGAUCAAUAAUAUAUUUUAUAGGUUUAUUUAUGAAACAGAGCAUCACAACGGCAUAGCGGAAUUGCUGGAGAUCCUGGGAAGUAUAAUUAACGGAUUUGCCUUACCACUGAAAGAAGAGCACAAGAUUUUCUUACUGAAGGUGUUACUGCCUCUGCACAAAGUGAAGUCCCUGAGUGUCUACCACCCGCAGCUGGCGUACUGCGUGGUGCAGUUUCUGGAAAAGGACAGCACCCUCACCGAGCCGGUGGUGAUGGCGCUUCUCAAAUACUGGCCAAAGACCCACAGCCCGAAGGAAGUCAUGUUCCUGAACGAGCUGGAGGAGAUCCUGGACGUCAUCGAGCCGUCGGAGUUCGUGAAGAUCAUGGAGCCCCUCUUCCGGCAGCUGGCCAAGUGCGUCUCCAGCCCCCACUUCCAGGUGGCGGAGCGCGCGCUGUACUACUGGAACAACGAGUACAUCAUGAGCCUCAUCAGCGACAACGCCGCCAAGAUCCUGCCCAUCAUGUUCCCGUCCCUGUACCGCAACUCAAAGACCCACUGGAACAAGACGAUACACGGCUUGAUCUACAACGCGCUGAAACUCUUCAUGGAGAUGAACCAGAAGCUCUUCGACGACUGCACGCAGCAGUUCAAAGCGGAGAAGCUCAAAGAGAAGCUAAAAAUGAAAGAGCGAGAAGAAGCGUGGGUUAAAAUAGAAAACCUAGCCAAAGCAAACCCCCAGUACUCAGUGUAUAGCCAAGCCAGUACCAUGAGCAUGCCGGUGGCCAUGGAGACAGACGGGUCUUUAUUUGAAGAUGUGCAGAUGCUGAGAAAGACAGUGAACGAGGAGGCUCGCCAGGCCCAGAAAGAUCCGCGGAAGGAGCGGCCUCUGGUGCGCCGCAAGUCGGAGCUGCCCCAGGACCUCCACACCAAGAAGGCCUUGGCGGCCCACUGCAGAGCGGACGAGCUGCUGGCCCAGGACGGGCGCUAGCCCGGGCGCGGCGGGCGGGCUGCGGCGCUGGGUGGGGUUCUGUAGAAAUACAUCCUUUUUGUGCCAUAACAAUCAGUCACACUCCAAGUCACAGCUUUGCGCGACCCCGGUCCUGGGCAGCCACGCGCUGCCGCCUCAGCCGAGGACAGGAUUCAGACCGUGGC